GUUCACUUACACAAAUUUUUGAAUAUGAUGGCUCUGUGAAAUCAACAAUUGAAGAAUCAAACACAAAAGUUUUAAAUAAUAUCUAUAGUUCUAAAUUUGGAUCUGAUAAAUGUUGAAAAAUAAAGGGAAUAUGUUUUAAAUGAUUUAGUUUUAAUUUACAUCAUAUUCUAGUUAUCCUUUUAGCGUUUAAAAACUUUGUUAAAUGGUUUCAAAUAAAUUUAUCAAUGAGGGUAUAUAAUUGUGAAAAUUAAGAAUUGGAAAUGUAAUGUUAUUAUAAUCAAAAAAAAUUGUAAUUAUGUUCAUGAGUCGAUUGUAAAU